UCAGACUUGGCUAGUGCAGGUUUUUGACUUCUCCUUUCUCCUCUCCUUUUUCUUUUUUUCUCCCCUAAAACAUGGAAAAAACUAUGAGAAGCAAAGGUGUGGAAAGAAAUGGAGUGGAAAAUUAACAAAAAAUAAGAUUUUGCAGUGAAUUGAAACUUCCCUGAAAAUCUUGUAGGUAAAUGAGGCGCAGUCUUGAGGUUUGGAAGAUGGGCACUGUCAAUUACGUUGAGGCACUGAAGCUGCAAGAGAAGCUGACAUCUGAUAGAAAAGCUCUAAAAAUUAUUGAUACCCUAUUAUCGCUACAACAUCCACCGACGUAUACAGUUGGCAAAAGGGAAACAGUUCAUAAUCUACUCAUUCCUGAUUCAGAGCUCAAGUCCAUGGGGGCAGAACUUCACUAUACGCAAAGAGGAGGUGACAUUACUUUUCAUGGUCCUCACCAAGCGAUCUUAUAUCCCAUUGUUUCGUUGAGAGAUAUUGGUUUGGGGGCAAGAAUGUACGUUGAGAAGCUUGAGCUAACCAUGAUUGAAUUGGCAUCUAUGUAUGGUGUGAAAGCACAGGCUGGACAAAAAUGUGAAACUGGGGUUUGGGUUGAGGACAGAAAGAUUGGCGCAAUUGGAGUUAAAAUUUCAUCUGGGAUCACAUCUCAUGGAUUAGCAUUCAACAUGGAUCCUGAUUUAAAUUAUUUUAAGCAUAUUGUGCCUUGUGGGAUAGUCGAUAAAGGUGUUACUUCUUUGAAGAAUGAAGCAGAUGUAGAGCUUCCUGUUGAAGAAGUGAUACAGGAGCAGUUGAUCGCUUGUUUUGUAAGAAUAUUUGGGUACAACGAUGUCAUUUUAAAAGAUAAGUCCGUGUUAUAAUUUGAUAGGCACUAAUGUUGACAUAUGAUGGUACAUUAUGUGACUAAUUUUUGUAUAAGUAGACAUUGUUCAUUCAUUUGAUCAGAUUAGCAUUCUGGACAAGUAAGCUAUGAUUUCAAAAGCAGAUUUCUUGUGCUG